AUGAUAGGCAUUUUAGAUAUAUUUGGAUUUGAAAUAUUUACUGAUGUAAAUGGAUUGCACAAUAAUAGUUUUGAGUUAUAAAACAUUAAUUAUACUAAUGAAAAAUUAUAACAGCACUUUAAUUAGUAAAUGUUUGUAACAGAUAAAAAGAAUAUGACCUAGAAUAAAUUAAAUGGUAAUAAAUUAAAUUCCAGAUAAUUAAAAAAUUAUAAAUCUAAUCGAAAUUUCAUAGAUUUCCAUAUAUUAAAUGUUAAUUGAUUAAACUAUUAUAUAAAAUAGAGGAGAUAAAGAAUUUUUAAAUUCUCUAAAAUAAUUACCUAAAGAUUAUUUAGUAUUAGUAAGUGAUUUGUAAAAAGCUGAAAUGGAACCUAGAUUUGAUAAAAAAUUACAUAGAAUUGCUAAGUUUGAUUGGUUUUGUUUAAAACAUUUUGCUGGUCUUGUUGUUUAUAAUGUAAGAGGAUUUGUUGAAAAAAUAGAGAUUCAAAUAAUUCUUAGGUUUUUUAAAUAUUACCUAAUAGUACUAAUCCUGUUUUAAAAGAAAUUUGGACAAAAUUUAAUAUAAUAAUCAAUAAAUGAAAUAAAAUUAUGUUAUAAACAAAUUUUAGAAUUCUUUAAAAGAUUAAAUUAAUUUAUUAAAUUAGUCAAUACCAAAAUAUAUUAGAUGCAUUAAACCAAACAAUUUUAAAUAACUUUUAACCUUUGAUGCCUAAGAUGUCAGGAGAUAAAUGACGUGUGCAGGAUUGAUGGAAGCUAUUUAAAUUAGAAAGGCUGACUAUGAAAUUAGAUAAAAAAAUUUUGAUUUUAUUAGAAAAUAUUAGCAUCUUGUCAACAAAAAUCCAAAAAAUAUAGAAAAUAUCGAAGAAAUUCUUAAACGGAAAAAUAAAAUAAAAGAUCUUAAAGAUUUAGAACAUGCAUAAUUGAUUGAAGAUGUGGAAAUUAAUGAUCAUUCUAUUCUAUUGAGUUUACUUAAAUUUUAAUAAUUUAUGCUGAUUAGACGUAAGAAAAAGAUUUAAAGACAAAUAAUAAUAAAAGUCCAAUAGAUUGAGAUCAAACAAUAACAAUAACAAUAACAAUAACAAUAACAAUAACAAUAAUAAUAAUAAUAAUAAUAAUAAUAAUAAUAAUAAUAAUAAUAAUAAAUAAUUAUAAUAAUAAUCAUUAGAAACUUAACUUAAGAAGAAAAAUGA